AUGCAAUUUCUGUCACCAGGAAAUGCUACAUUAAACUCGGAAUGGAAUAGACGCCAGUAUGAUGAGUUUGAGAAAGACUUUUUCAAUGCCCGUCGACAUUUACCCUCCUCGUGGAUAUCCAAAAGUCGGAGCCCAAAGUAUCAAGGCUUUGAAUGGCUAGAAAAUGGAACCAGUGGUGCGGAGAUUAGAUGGCCCGAGGUAUCCGAUCUUGCGCAGCGCCCUGAAAAGGCAGUUCGAAUUGUAUUCACAUCCCUUGAUAUUCCUCAUCGGAAUGGGGGACCAAAAAUUCUUGAUCUAUACAAACAUUAUUCUAUCCCUGGAGCGUUUGUAGCAGAAAGAAGACAAGAUGUUGCUUGUUCAUUUGGCGCCACCCAUGGUGUCGAGGGUACAACUUACACGUGGUUUCACUUCCUAUGUAAAAAUAUUCCAACAGCAAACAUUGACGGCGUGAAAAAGAUUAUAAAUCAAAAUAAACAGAAUGAAAGCGAUCCCAGUCAGGCGGAUUAUAGCUGGGUUCGCUCUGCUUACUGUCUAAAGGUAACCCGGCCCUCUAAGGAGAGCAAAGCUACUUCGGUGGAUUUGAUUACCUUUGGUAGCCGCAAGGAGCUUUAUGAAAGAUUCAAGCUUGUUUCUCAGUGCAUGGUUUAUGAGGAGAUCAUUGAAGACCCCCAUUGUUUGUUGAAUGUCGUAUUUGAUGUCUUAUAUGAGCAAAUUGAUCGUCUCACAUGGGAGAUUGCGGAUGUUUUCACACCUGCGGAAAAGAAAGUAUUAAGCACGGCCAGCAGAAACUCGGGAUUGAAUACUGACGACCUAGAUUUUCCUGGUAUGCACUGGAUCCAACGACACCAAAUCUACUUGCUCGAGGCCAUUGAAGCGUUUACAGAGACGCUGAACGCGGCCUCAUCUCAUUAUGAAAAUGUGAUCUCGUCUUCCUCUAUUUCGACAAGUUCAACGCUCGCGGGAUUUCAAUAUACAAAGAUGCUUCUCAGAUCCACCGAUCUACGUCUACAAAGUUUGGGAAAGCGGACAGAAUCGAUUAUCAAUCUGGCCUUCAACGUGGUUACUCAGGCUGACUCACAAGCCAUGAAAGGCGACAGCCAAGUAAUGAAGAACAUUGCCAUUCUUACUAUGGUGUUUCUGCCUUGCACGGCAGUGGCGACCUUCUUAAGUACACCGUUCUUCUACCUCGAUGAUUCUAAGAAGCUGGGGGUUUCACCAUAUUUCUGGAUCGCAUGGGCGGACUUCUAA